AAUCCUGUUGAAAUCCUGCUGUAAAUUAACAGCAAUUGUUUACAGUGUACUAUACUGUGCAGACAGUACAGGCACUCCUCCGCCUCCAGCCUCCCUCCGCAUCUCAUUGGUCCAUUCAGCAGCUUCAGCACCACGCAGGCUGGACAGCGACACUCAGCCGAGCAGCUCCAUCUCCAUCUCCAUCACAUGAGGAUGCUGAGCAGCAGCGGCUCUCCAUGCACGGUUACUAUGACUAUCUGAUGGUUUUUUUUAAGCCAUAAUGUUAUUGUUUGCAUCUCGUCUGUAGAAUAUGUUGACAGUCGGUUUAUUUGCGGUGCAUUUACUCCCUCGGUUUGAUCAGGAUCGACCCGCCUAGUGUCGUCUAAACUCUGCAAGAGGAAGCUGUUUUUUUUGUGUUUUUCUCCGGUCACAGAUGCUACCGGGUUCGGUUGGUUGCACCGGGUUUCCCUCCCGUCGAGUGGACAGGCAUGACGGCCAGCACCGGCACAGUUAAAGGCAUCAGCAGCAGCAGCAGCAGAAGCAGCAGCAGCAUCUCAUGCCCAGUGCCGCAUCAACAAGCCGGGGUCCCUCUACCGGUCCCCCGACGCCUGUUGUGACAUGACAGCUCGGGGAAAGAAGAGGAGGAUCAAAGGUUACUUGCAGGGGUUCGAGCAGGACCGGGUCGGAUCCUUGAGGAGAGGAAGGUGCACGGAUCCAGACUGUUUGAGUGGAGAGAGGAUAUAUAUCCAAAAAUUCAUGUGAUACUUUAUUAAAUCCCCAGCAGGGUGUUUUUUCUGCAGCCUCCAGAGAGGUUAUAGGGUUAUAGCUGCAGCCCCUGGAUGUGCACCAUACAUCAGCAGCAAGGAGGGUGUUGCAUUGAACCCCAGCCUUAUUGUGAUUCUGAUUCUGGGCCUACAGUGUGGUAGCAUCCACCUUUGCAAGAGAGGUUAUAGGGUUAUAGCCCCUGGAUGUGCACCAUACAUCUACAAGGAGGGUGGUGCAUUGAAUUGAAGCUGGAUCCUGCAUGGACCUCACUUGAAGCCUUAUUGUGAUUCUGAUUUUGGGCCUACAGUGUGGUAUAGCACCCACCUUUUGCCUCCACAGUCUCAUAUGCACGGCCUCAUAGUGGUGAUCCUGGUCGAGUCCCAGUCAGCAGUGCUGCUCCUCCCCAGACCCAGCAGGCUCACCUGGCUGCUGCUCACCAUCACCGUCACCUGCAGCGCCAUGGGCUGCAUCCAGAGCAUCGCCUGCAACAAGUCGCGCAUCAAGCGGGAGAACGUGGUGGUGUACGACCUGUCGGCCACCAUCGACCACUGUCCGACCGUCAUCGAGGAGAACUCGCCCAUAGUGCUCCGCUACAAGACGCCCUACUUCAAAGCCUCGGCGCGCAUCGUGAUGCCUCCCAUCCCGCGCAACGACACCUGGGUGGUGGGCUGGAUCCAGGCGUGCACGCAGAUGGAGUUCUACAACACCUAUGGAGACGUCGGCAUGUCGAGCUGGGAGCUGCCUCAGCUACGAGAAGGUCUGGUGAGGGCCAUCAGCGACUCCGACGGCGUGAGCUACCCCUGGUAUGGAAACACGACGGAGACCGUCACCAUAGUGGGCCCCACCUCCAAGCCAUCCCGCUUCAUCGUUAGCAUGAAUGACAAUUUUUACCCCAGCGUCACCUGGGCCGUGCCGGUCAGCGAAUCCAACACGCCCUUGCUGACGAACAUCAAAAGAGACCAGAGCUUCACCACCUGGCUGGUGGCGCUCAACACCACGUCCAGGGAAAAGAUCCUGCUCCACACCAUCAAGUGGAGGAUGAGGGUCGACAUCGCGGUGGAUCCCUCCCUGCCUCUGGGCUCCCGGGCCAGGCUGGUGGGCCGGGUGCACCAGGACCAGCCGCGGGUGCUGACCCGCAUGGAGCCCAUCCCUCCUAACGCCAUGGGGAGGCCCAACGCCAACGACGCCCAGGUUCUGAUGUGGAGGCCGAGGAGAGGGCCUCCGCUUGUUGUCAUACCAUCCAAGUAGAGCGUUGAGAGCAUCUGAUUGGCCGUCUGUUAUAGUGGGUCACUUAUGCAGUGAAACGGCGAACAGGAUAAUCAGAUAAAAAGACAAAAAGAUCUAUAAGCAGGCUGAGACUUGUGUCAACGGCACAAGUCAGUCUUUUGCGUGUAAAAUCUCGAGGGGACAACUGCCUUAAUUCCCCACCGCUGCCUUUGACGAUCCAGAAAGUAUGUUGGUCUCUCCACUUCUGGCGCUGUUGAGCCGUUGGGUGGCCUGGCCUUCACUCCAGCCCGGCACAACUGAGCAAAAGCUAACUCUGACAAAUCCGCCAUUAGUGCUGGAAUGUAACGCAAACCUGUACUGUAGCUACUCAGGCCCAGAAAGAAAACGGUCAAGCCUAAAACACAGACCCCGUUUAAAAAGGUUCUUCAGCCUUAAUGAUGACAUAAUGCCGGCCUGCUCUGUACUGUACAGUAAAGUGCUGUGUAACAGUGAAACCGA